AUGGGUGAGGACCAUAUUUUGCCGAUAAGCGAGGAGAAGGAGCUGAAAGUAACGCCUUCUCGCCUGACACCGCCGCCCUCCUCUCUCACUGUGAACAGUGGGAACACAGUCACCGUCAGAGACGUCCACUUCGCCCUCAGCAAUGAGACAUUACGAGAUGAUUACCAUGCCGACAACAGGGCAUCCUGGUACCAGCCAGAGGUGACUUAUGAAGCUCGUGUCCAGUCGGGGCAGUUCAACCAUGGGGUCAAAGACCCGGGAUGGAGACGAAUGGUUCAAAAUUUCACACCUUCGUGGUUCUCCGUGAUUAUGGGAACUGGCAUCGUUUCGAUACUCCUCAACAUCCUUCCUUACAAUGGCCACUGGCUGAGAUGGAUCUCGAUUGUGAUCUUUGCUCUUAACGUCUUUCUUUUCAUAGCUGGAUGCAUACUCAGCGUAACCCGAUACACCAUGUAUCCCAAAACGAUCAAAGCUGUCAUCUUCCAUCCUGUGCAAGCGAUGUUCCUUGGCGCUUUCCCGAUGGGUCUCGCUACUAUCGUCAACAUGUUUUGUCUUGUGUGUGUGCCGGCUUGGGGAACAUGGGCUGCAGACUUUGGAUUGGCAUUAUGGUGUCUUGACGCUGCCAUUUCGGUUAUGUGCGCUCUGUCAUUGCCAUUUUCGCUCAUGUUGUCCAACAAGGAUACACACCUUUCGACCAUGACAGCCGUUUGGCUCAUGCCGAUUGUCACUUGCGUCGUUGCUUCUGGGACUGGCGGCAUUGUCGCCCAAGUUCUUCCGGACUCGAACCAAGCAUUCGGGGUAAUUAUCGCAAGCUAUAUCCUAUGGGGAAUCGGAGUUCCUCUGUCAUUAAUGGUGUUUGUCAUCUACUUCCAACGGCUCACGAUCCAUAAGCUUCCCCCGAAGGAGACCAUUGUGAGCGUCUUCCUGCCAAUGGGUCCUCUGGGAUCUGGCGCUUUCUCCGCCUUGAAACUUGGACUUACUGCAAAAGACACAUUCGCCAAGACUAGUUUCCUCCUCGAUAAGUCUGUCAUUCCCACUGUGUACGCCAUGGGGUUUAUGACCGCACUUGUCUUCUGGGCAUUUGGAUUGGUGUGGCUCUUCUUCGCAUCCGCGUCGAUUCUGCGAUGCAAGAAGUUUCCCUUCAACAUUGGUUGGUGGGGAUUUACUUUCCCGCUGGGAGCAUAUGCCCUCGCCACCUGUCAGCUCGGAUUGGAGAUGGAUUCUUCAUUCUUCAAAGUCGUUGGAACGAUACUUUCACUGUGUGUCGUCAUUCUUUGGAUGCUUGUGUCUGUGGGCACGCUGAGAGGAACAGUAUCUGGAAAGCUCCUUGUCGACCCUGCUCUGGCGGAGAUGAGGGAUAAACAAGAAAGAAAGAGGCUUUCAGCGUAUUUGAGAUAG